AGGCGGGGUCACGUGACGCCCGUGGAAUGCCAACAAUGUAGCGAAUGUCCCGCUUGGGUCUGUGCGUCGGGACCUCGGCGUGAGCGCCCCGGGAAGAUGGAGCAGCCGCCGCCCGCGCCGCCGUCACUUGGGGCUCCGCGCUCCCCGCGGGGCCAGCUGCAGCUCCCGCCGCCGGCGCCCGGUCCCGCGGCGCGCGAGGCCCCGGAGCCACGGGCGAGGGCGGCCCGGCGGGCGUAGACCGCGCCCCAGGAGAUGGUGAUGAUCUUCAAAAUGAAGAUUCUGGAAAAUUUUAGGUUCUCUAUAGGAACAACAAAAAUUGAAGGAAAGGAAUUUUUCAGAAGGAAAUUGUUUUGAAAGUAUGUUUACAACUGACUGAUACUGUUGACAGAUUUUUUUCUUUAAUAAAACAUGUUAAGAAGGUCGUAUUUAUGCUAAAAGGAAACUGGACUAACAAUGAGGCCAAAGACUUUUCCUGCCACAACUUAUUCUGGAAAUAGCCGGCAGCGACUGCAGGAGAUCCGCGAGGGGUUGAAGCAGCCAUCCAAGUCUUCUGCUCCGGGGCUGCCUGUGGGACCAAACCACAGCACUUCCCUGGACGCCAAAGUCCUGGGGGGCAAGGAUGCUGCCAGGCAGCAGCAGAUGAGAACCACCCCAAAGUUUGGGCCUUACCAGAAAGCUUUGAGAGAAAUCAGAUACUCCUUGUUGCCUUUUGCCAAUGAAUCAGGCACUUCCGCGGCUGCAGAAGUAAACCGACAAAUGCUGCAGGAGUUGGUGAAUGCGGGAUGUGACCAGGAGAUGGCUGGCAGAGCCCUCAAGCAGACCGGCAGCAGGAGUAUUGAAGCCGCCCUGGAGUACAUCAGUAAGAUGGGCUACCUGGACCCGAGGAAUGAGCAGAUUGUGCGUGUCAUUAAGCAGACCUCCCCAGGGAAGGGGGCCGCACCAGCCCCCGCGCCACGGAGGCCGAGCUUUGAAGCCGCGGCUGGCCCUUUCCCGCCCUACCGCCAGGGGGGCGCGGCAGCCUUCGAGGGCGCAGGUGUGGGCGCGCUGCAGGAGGGGCCCCGCCAGUACGCCGACUUCCUCCUCGCGGGGGCCGGCGCGCCCGGCGGCGCUCAGCCCCCGCCCCAGGGCUACCCUGCCAGCAUGGAGGCCUCGGGGAUGAGCUUCCCUGUGGCCAGCCCGGGGGGCCCCCACUACCGGCCACAUCUGCUGGCGCCCGGGGAGCCCCUGGGCUAUGGCGUCCAGCGCAGCCCCUCCUUCCAAAACAAGGAGGCGGGAGGGUACUCGAACCUUGCUGCCAAGGGCCCGGCCGGGCAGCCCGGGGCCGGCCACACUUUUGCGCCUUCGGGAACUGCGGCAGGCCUGUACGUGCCACACCCGCACCACAAACAGGCCCCCCAGCUGCAUAUAGUGGGUGCCCGGGGCCAGGUAUUCGCGAGUGACAGCCCGCCCCCGAGUCUGAUCCCCCCCUCCAGAAACAGCCUCACCGUGGACCUCUACGACAUGAGCAGCCCUACCCUGCCGCAGUGGCAGUCCUCGCUGUCCCGCCGCGACUCUGUCCAGAAGCCGGGCCUGGAGGCGCCUCCCCGCCAGCACGUGGCGUUCCUGCCCGAAGGGCCUGUCCCCAGCAGAGCCAACUCCUUCAACAGCCACCAGCAACCUGUGGCCGCGCCCGUCCGGACAGGGCUGUCUGGCAAGACCGAGCCUGCCAUGCCCUCCCCCAACACCAUCACAGCCGUGACGGCCGCUCACAUCCUGCACCCCGUGAAGAGCGUGAGAGUGAUGCGGCCCGAGCCCCAGACAGCCGUGGGACCCUCCCAUCCAGCCUGGGUGCCAGCGCCCUCCCCAGGGCUGGAGGGUCUGGACUCCCAGGAGGAGCACCCCCUGCCUUUGGGAGGCGCCGGUGCGUGCCCGCUGGAGGUUGAGUAUGGCAGCCCUGACGUGAGGUGCCCUCCCCCGCCCUACCCCAAGCACCUGCUGCUUCGGAGCCAGUCCCAGCAGUUCGAUGUGGACGGCCUGUGCGUGGAUGUGGAGCAGGGCCUCCGGGGCGCCCAGGCGACAGAGGCCCCUGAGCGGAGUGACAAGGGCCACAAAAACGCCAAAGGGGACAAGGCGGGGAAGGAUAAAAAGCAGAUCCAGACCUCUCCUGUUCCUGUUCGGAAAAACAGCAGAGAUGAAGAGAAGAGAGAAUCCCGUAUCAAGAGUUACUCACCGUAUGCUUUUAAGUUCUUCAUGGAGCAGCACGUGGAAAAUGUCAUAAAAACCUACCAACAGAAGGUCAACCGGAGGUUGCAGCUGGAACAAGAAAUGGCAAAAGCUGGGCUCUGUGAAGCUGAGCAGGAGCAGAUGAGGAAGAUCCUCUACCAGAAGGAGUCUAAUUACAACAGGCUGAAGAGGGCAAAGAUGGACAAGUCCAUGUUUGUGAAAAUCAAGACCCUAGGGAUCGGUGCCUUCGGAGAAGUGUGCCUGGCCUGCAAGGUGGACACUCACGCCCUGUAUGCCAUGAAGACGCUGAGGAAGAAGGAUGUCCUGAACCGGAAUCAGGUGGCCCACGUCAAGGCCGAGAGGGACAUCCUGGCUGAGGCAGACAACGAGUGGGUGGUCAAACUCUACUACUCCUUCCAAGACAAGGACAGCCUGUACUUCGUCAUGGACUACAUCCCGGGGGGCGACAUGAUGAGCCUGCUGAUCCGGAUGGAGGUCUUCCCCGAGCCCCUGGCCCGGUUCUACAUUGCAGAGCUGACCCUGGCCAUUGAGAGCGUCCACAAGAUGGGCUUCAUCCACCGAGACAUCAAGCCAGACAACAUUCUGAUAGAUCUCGAUGGUCACAUAAAGCUGACGGAUUUCGGCCUCUGCACUGGAUUCAGGUGGACCCACAAUUCCAAGUACUAUCAGAAAGGGAGCCACAUCAGACAGGACAGCAUGGAGCCCAGUGACCUCUGGGACGAUGUGUCCAACUGCCAGUGUGGAGACAGGCUAAAGACUCUGGAGCAGAGGGUCAGGAAGCAGCAUCAGAGGUGCCUGGCUCACUCCCUGGUCGGGACCCCGAACUACAUUGCGCCAGAAGUCCUCCUCCGAAAAGGAUACACCCAGCUCUGUGACUGGUGGAGUGUCGGGGUGAUUCUCUUCGAGAUGCUGGUGGGGCAGCCACCCUUUCUGGCCCCUACUCCCACAGAAACCCAGCUGAAGGUGAUCAACUGGGAGAACACACUCCACAUUCCGGCGCAGGUGCAGCUGAGCCCGGAGGCCCGAGACCUCAUCACCGCGCUGUGCUGCGCCGCCGACCGGCGGCUGGGGAGGAAUGGGGCUGACGACCUCAAGGCUCACCCUUUCUUCGGCGCCCUGGAUUUCUCCCGGGACAUCCGGAAGCAACCAGCCCCCUACGUUCCCAAGAUCAGCCACCCCAUGGACACCUCGAAUUUCGACCCCGUGGAUGAGGAGAGCCCGUGGCGCGGCGCUAGUGCAGACAGCUCCAAGGCCUGGGACCCGCUCGCCUCCCCCGGGAGCAAACACCCCGAGCAUGCGUUUUAUGAGUUCACCUUCCGGAGGUUCUUCGAUGACAACGGCUACCCCUUCCGGUGCCCGAAGCCAUCGGGAGCGGAAGCCGUGCAGGCCGAGGACGCCGACGUGGAGAACCCCGACCCGGCGGGCCCGGCUGCGGGCUGCCAGCCCGUGUACGUAUAGGCGGCGCCCCGUCGCCCACCCCCGAGGCCCGGGGUGCCCGGAGCGCCGAGUCGGCCGGAUGGCGGUCAGUCCGAUGAUUCCUUCACUUGAAAUUCUGGUCUUCACCAAAAAAACCCCCAAACAAACAAGCUUUAUGAAAAAGGCUCAAGUCCAGCAGAUCUUUAUUUCUACAUUCUGCUGGAAUCGGGGAAGGCAGGUUGCCAGCACUGCUUUGGAUUGGCCUUUGAGGACCUUCACUGCAUUAAAACAAUAUUUUUUAAAAUUUAGUACAGUUUAGAAAGAGCACUUAUUUUGUUUAUUGCCAUUUUUCUUACUAAAUUAUAGGGAUUAACUUUGACAAAUCAUGCUGCUGUUAUUUUCUACAUUUGUAUUUUAUCCAUAGCACUUAUUCACAGUUAGGAAAAGACAUAAAAACUGAAGAACGUGUGAUAAGAAAUCUCUGUGCAAUAAUGUAAAAAAAAAAGAUAACACUGUUCUGAUGUUACUGAUAACAUUUUAGUCACACAGUCGUUUUUGUUUUAUAUUUUCCCACAUGUCAUAAUUGUGCUAUAGUGUUAAAAGCUGCUUACCCCCCUCCCCCCGCUUUUUGCAUAUUAAAGUAUAAUAGAAAGUGUGAGCAAGGUGAUUAUGUGGGUGUGAUUUCAGAUGCCUGGUGUGUAGAAUACUGCAUGAGCAGGGUUUUCCUAUUAUGAAAUAACCGUAUCUUGCCAUUCACAGCAGGUUCUGUGAAUAUGCUUUUACUGAGUGUCUUUAAAUGAGAUGUUCUAGACAGUGUGCUGAUAAAGUAUCGUGUGGGUGAAUUCUUCUCUGUGAUUGUAUCCCUUACUGUUUUGUUAAAGAAAUGCAGAUGUGUAACUGAGAACCAAUUUUUGUGUGUGUCUUGGCUAUGAUUGGAUUCUCGGGGGGCGGGGGGUAAACUUGAACAUUUGUCGUAUACUGAACUUGUAUACAUCCAAGGGGUUACUUAGCUCUGCCAGCACAGUGUGAGUUCACCACGGAGCCCUGUCCAUUCCGCAGGCCAGUGUGCUCUCGCAGCCUUGGUGUAGGUGAUAUGGGGGAUCCCGUAGCUGCCACCCUACUGCCAGCAGAUGCCCGUGCUGAAAGGUCCCUGUGAUACGACCGCUCCGAUUGUCUUAGCUCAGGUGGUACCAGGACAAAAUUCAGUGUAGGGUUCUUCGACGUUAGUUUUUGGGUGUGCUUUGAAGUAUCAAUCUUACCUUGGUUUUAAAUACACAUUUUUCUAAUUUUUGUGAAACAGCAAGGCUAUUCAAAGUGACAGAGUAAAAAAAUAAUUAAGCCAUAUGUAUUUUCUUAGAAGUAUAGGUGUAUAUAGAACUACAUAAAUACACAAAAUAUUCUGUAUUUCAAAUUAGUAUGAUUCCUAUUUAAAGUGAUUUAUAUUUGAGUAAAAAGUUCAUUUUUUUUUGCUUUUUAAAAAUCUGAUGCAUCAUAUUUUCCAUUACAUUAUUCCACAUAUUUUUCCUUGAAGUCUUUAGCAUAAUGUAUCCAUUAUUUAGUAUAUAUCUAGACAACACCACCCAUGAGUUUAUCAAUGUCUAAACUAAAAAAAAAAAGAUUAUUGUGUACUGGUUUACAUUUGUAUGAAUGGCAAAUUCUGAAGUCUGCUGUGCUUGUAUCGUGACUGUCAGUAUUUUCGCUAUUUUAUAGUAAUGCCAUGUUGUUAUUUACAGCGCUCUGACAUACUUUCAUGUGGUAGGUUCUUUCUCAGGAACUCAAUUUAACUAUUAUUUAUUGAUAUAUCAUUACCUUUGAAAAGCUUCUACUGGCACAAUUUAUUAUUAAAAUUUUGAAUCCAAA